CCAUUUUGUUUUAGUAGCUAACCCAUAGGUGUUGGUUUGUUACGCGACGGAGUGUUUUGAUAUGACUUAAGGAUCUACAUCUGCCACGAAAUUGUGUCAAGUUCAUAUCGGUAGAUUUUGGUUUAUUUUUUGGAUCGGAUUAGCCAAGCACCUUUGUGUCGUUUUUCUUAAACAGCUAGCUGCCGUGUCACUGAAUUUACGAAGCUUUUCUAAAUAACGCUUAGCUAAGCUGGCUAACUAGCUUAUUUUAGCUAGCUACCGCUUCGAGCUACCCGUUUAGCCAGCUAGCUAAGAUAUCUUAGCGCACUUGUUCGUGGGUAAAAUGGCGACUAAUACGGCGUCACAAGCCCCAACAUCUACCUGGUCUUAUGUGGGAGGUUCUGCAACAGAGGCGCCUGUGCAUGAAAACCCUGAGUGGGAGAAGGCCAGACAGGCCCUGGCCUCUAUAAGCAAGAGCCAAAGUUCCACAAAGACAUCUCCAGCCAACCGCACCAGCUCUCAGGCUGGCCAGUAUCCGACAGCAGUGACGGACACUUCUGCGAUGCAGCAGCAACAGUACUAUCAGUGGUACCAACAGAACCAGCAACAGUAUGCGAGCUACGCAUAUCCUUACAACUACUACUACCCAAUGCCGCCGUAUGCUGCAGGAUAUCCCCCAAGUCAGUAUGGGGUUCCAGGAGCCUACCAGCCACCCACAACCCCUACAGGACAGCCCCCCGCCAUGGCCAUGAUGGACGAACAGUCAAGUUACACAUCUGAACCACAGCCCCCACCACCAGCAGUUCCCCAGCCUCCCCCACAGAGCCCGACCUCAUCGGAUCAGCCUCCUCCCCCUCCUCCCCCUCCCAUACCACCGCUACCAAAUGCCCAGUACCCCCCACCCCCCUCCCAAACCCCCUACAACCCUAAUGGAGCCCUUCCCUACAGCCCUACUGAGACUAGCCCAAUGAGGGGCUACAACCACGGCCAGCCAAGGCUGGCUUACCAGGGCUACCAGCCUCCAUCUUACCAGCAGCAGGCUGUGGGACAGGGUCUGUAUGGAGCAGCAGGAAGGGGGGAUGCCAACAAGAAACCCAACAACACAAAUAUGAAUAAAGGUCAGCAGCUGUGGAAUCGCAUGAAACAAGCUCCUGGAACCGGUGCUGUGAAGUUCAACAUCCCAAAACGCCCGUACGUUUUGGCCAAUCAGAACUUUACCACUGGCGAACAGACAACCUCUGCAGCAACCACCAUAGCAACCCCCGUGUCUUCAGUAACCACAGCUACCACUGCAGGAGCUAGUCAGACAGGGCCUCAAGACUGGCCCCAGGCCAUGAAGGAAUAUGUGCAGCGUUGCUUCACAGCCUGCGAGACAGAGGAAGACAAAGACAGGACAGAGAAGGUGUUGAAGGAGAUUCUACAGAGUCGACUACAAGAUGGCUCGGCCUUCACCAUUGAUUGGACUAGAGAACCACUGCCAGAAGUGAAACCCAGGCAGUCUCGUUGGGAGGUGGUUCCUCAGCGCUCUCAGGAGAAUACGAUUGGUCGAGGUGGAGCCAGUCGAGGCAGGGCUGGAGCUAGGCUGGGCAACUACAGAAAUGUGUUCUCUCAGAGAAGCCCCUCCUCCAGCUCUUCCCGCUCCUCUUCGCGUUCGCCUUCGCCUCACAACCGGCACAGGGACAGGAGCAGGCACCGCCGCAGUGACUCUGGCUCCCAGUCCGAUAGCAGCAUGUCGAGCGACCUCCGACCCCUCUCCCGACGGCAGCAGAGGGCUGGACGAGGGCGUGGAGAGGACAGGGAUCGAGGGAGAGGAGCGGCAGGAGAGAGAGGCAGAGGAAGAGGCGGGAAAGCAAACCGAGGCCGCAGGAACAUGGACGAUCUGGGCAGCGGCGUUGGCAAAAAGCGGAAGGGUGGCAAUGCGGGCAUGGACUUCCACGACCCGAACCGCGAGGCCAAGAAGCAGAGCCGCGCGGCACGCUUCCACACCAACAAGCGCACCGAGCCGCUGGUGCUGAACAUCAAUGCUGUGGAGCUGCCCAACGGCACCCAGGAGGGCCUCAGCUGGGAGGACUGCCCCAUUGUGGGCACCUGCCAAGACAUCACCAAAAACUACCUGCGCCUCACCUGCGCCCCAGACCCAGCCACUGUCAGACCUGUCCCUGUGUUGCGAAAGUCUCUGACUGCAGUGAAGGCUCACUGGAAGUCCAACCAAGACUACCAGUAUGCUUGUGAACAAAUGAAGUCAGUACGACAGGACCUCACUGUUCAAGGUGUGCGAACUGAUUUCACGGUGGAGGUCUACGAGACUCACGCACGCAUUGCUUUGGAGAAGGGCGACCAUGAGGAGUUCAAUCAGUGCCAGACGCAGCUGAAGGCACUGUACAAGGACUGCCCAUCAAGCAACAUUGGGGAGUUCACCGCUUACAGACUGCUGUACUACAUCUUCACUAAGAAUUCUGGAGACUUGACCACCGAGUUGGUGUAUCUCACCCCAGAGCUCCGCGAGGACGAAUGUGUCUCCCACGCUCUCGCGCUCCGCGCUGCCUGGGCGCUCGGAAACUUCCACCGCUUCUUCCAGCUGUACAAGUGUGCGCCGCGCAUGGCUGCUUACCUCAUUGACAAGUUUGUGGAGCGUGAGAGGAAGCUCGCGCUGAGGGCUAUUCUCAAAACGUUCAGGCCCUCUGUGCCGGUGGAGUAUGUGCAGUCCAGUCUGGCCUUUCCGUGCUUAGAUACAUGUGUGGCCUUCCUGACGGGGCUAGGGGUUACGUUCGCCCCUUCAGAUCCCAGCAAGAUAGAUUGCAAAGCCAGCUCAGCUUGUUUGACUUCUUCCUAGAUAAGACAAAGCAGGGGGUAGUUCUUGGUUGAUGGGGGAGAUAAGGGAUCAAAGCUAACCAAGCUCAGUCUAGAGGAAAAUCUAUGCUGUACAGCAGUGAUUAGAUUUAACUAUAGUCUUAUAACUCUUAUAGAGUGUGACCUCUACACAGAAAUGGACUGUAAACACAUACAUAUAGUAACUUAGUUGGAAAUGCCACAGUGUGAUUUUUGCUGAUCCACGCACACUUGGAACCUCAGGUUUUUAAAUGUUAGGAGAGAUUCUGUCUGUACAAUAUGAAUCCAUGCUAGAAUAACAGCUCCCCAGAGAGUGUGAUCAAUCCAACACAUCAACUCAGUGAGUCUAGGUCACCUUCAGCUAUUGGGCAGGGAGGUUUGCGUAGUUGGACGCAAGUUUCUGGGUCUCCCCAUUUCCUAGCGCUCGACGAUCAUUCUAAAGCUAACGGUUUUCUGUGUUCUCAUGUUUUUCUCCCCUUAAGCCAACAGCCUCAAAGCUCACAUGAAGACAAAGUUCUGAACACCAAAGAAGAAGAAAAAAGUCGAUUUACAAAGUGCUCAAUCACCACCCAAGCUUCUAAUAAAGAUAAAGCUGGCUGCUGCGGCUAUCGGAUGCAGGUUGCGCCUUGAAAGUCUACCAUUUCAAUGAACUUUGCCAUGCUUAGAUCGUGUCGCUGAGAUCAGCGUGAAGAUGGUUUGUAUGUUAGUCUCCCUCCCUUGUUCAAGGAUGCCUAGAGAAGUUCCAGCAGGAGGUGGGAUCCUCCAGGUCCUUCAUCCCAUUGAUCCCAUUAGCCGUAAAGGUUUGGACUUAAGGAUGUCGGCAUGCUCCGGCUGUGCAAAUGUAGGUGCUUCAGAGCCCAUUCAGCAAUCCCUUUACCCUCCACUUUGUCUGCCACUUCUCAACCCAUCUACCCAUACACCUAAAUCAGGCUUUCAUCAAGUUCACCGACACCACCCCCCCUCCCUUUCAACACCCAGAGAUCAUAGUUCAGUGAAAAUGCUGCAACAAGGCACUGACUCUCAUCUUGUGAUAUGGUAAUCUAUCGCUGCUGAAGUUCUCCAGGGGCAAGUAGUUCAGAGUCUCAGUCUUUAUAGCCUGUACAUAGGGAUAUGUAUAGCCCCAUAAGAAGACCAUCUACAGCUGUUCCACGAAGAUCUACCAAAUCGCCAUACAAAGAUGGUCCAGUUUCCAACACCAUGCUUAGGAUGCUGGAUGGGGCCAACCAAACAAGUUUGCCAGCUGCAGAGAAGAGGUCAACUGCAGUUCUACAACGCACAGCCAGAGGGCAGCAUCUUUGUGUUCUCCAAGUGACGACCGCCGCAGCUGGGCCUCUGCUGGUCCUCUCAGGAGGUGGGAGCGUAAGGGUUUGUAUUCUUUUGUGGGCGUCUAUGUCAUCAGCCUCCUCUCUGAGUCUGUGCACGUAUGUAUGGCUGGUAAGGGGGGAAAAAAGGACUUUGCUAUUUCGGCAAGCAGCAAGAUGAGUCAUGCGGCACAUGUUCUUUCUUUUGGCUCACUUGAUUGGAAGCCAUAUAGAUCAAAGUCAGAAUUCUGUCUAAUGAGAAUAUGAUUUGAUCCAUCUGUUUGAUUUGUGAAUUUACUGAAUGAAUAGAAAUUUGAAAGGUUUCACUGCCAUGUUCUAAUAUUUGCCAUGAAUGUUAGAACCAAUCGUAAUUGACCAUUGAAGGAAGUGGGAGAUUUUUUUGGCACUAGAAAGUUUGAGAAAAUCCCUGAUUAUGCAGUAAUCAUCUUCCCCUCCAUAUGAGAGCUUGAAAAAUGUGGUAGUUGAAGAUAAGUUUGGGUGUCCUGAAGCAAUUUGCAUUGUAUUCAGUUGCCUGUGAGCUUGAUUGGUGAUGGUUGACUGUUACAUCUUUGAAGUUCAGCUGUGAGCAUAGGAGUGUGCAGUAUUGGUCUUUGAAUUGGUAAAUCGAAGCUGGUCUCAUUUUUUGCAUUUGACAAUAUGCCCAACUUACUCUUUUUUAACCCAAUUCAUGUGAUUAAAACAGUAUUGGCAGAUCCCGCUCUGAAGUAUUGAAGCAUAACACAGAUGUUUGUUUUUAAUGACAACAUUAGAAACUUAGCAGCGACGUUUCCAUGUAGUUGCACGUCCAGAUCAUCAAGAAAAUCUUUCUCUUAGGUAGUUAUGUAAAUAUUUUACAAAAUACAUUUUCUCUCUUGGAUUAGAUAAAUAUUCCUGUUUACAAUGGUAAGUCUAAUUUUGACAGUCAUUCUAACAUUUUUUUAAAAGAAGUUUCAAGAAAACAAAUUUUUGGUAGUCAGUAUGUGCACAGUGCUGCAUACAUUUGAUGUGAAUGUGUAAAAAAUGUAUAUGACGGGUUGCUAAAUAUGUCCAUGAAUUUACUGUUCUGUUAAGGAUGAAAGAAUAAUAUAAAUACUGACAUUUCUAUAUAAACCUAAUCCCCCCCCCUUUUCCUCAGUUUGUAUUGUGCAUUGUUACAUGAAAACCUUUUUUUUCUUGUGUGCAAUUGUAGGAUUCAAGAUUUGUUUCAGUUUUUAUUUCAUUUAGCUUUUUCACAUUUUCAUCCUGGCAAAAAUCUACAUACACAUCUGCCUUUACUUGCCUGCUUUUUUGCUUAGUUUUUUCCAUCUUCACCUUGCCUAAAACCCUAUCCAUUUUCACUCCUGUGUCCAGUCAUCUGAGGAGCAUAUAGAAACCUUCCUUUAGAGAAUAAUUUAAGUACUGGUCCCCUGCCAGUUAAGACCAUGGCUCCUUGGUUUCUGUCAUACCUAUGCAAAAUGAAAGCAUGUGUUGACAUUCUGGUACCUCCUGUCUGUAAAUGUCUCCAUUUGGCCUCAUCGAAAAGCAGCAGUUUGAGAGCAUUAAUUGGGUGUGCUCGUCUCAGUACCUAAAUAUAUUAGUUUUUUUUGUUUUGUUUUUUUUUUUGUUUGGUUUUAAUCAGUGUGAUCUCUCUUGCACUAAAUAAAAAAUUGCAUCUGUCAGGAUAAGGGUUUUGGAGCACUUUCCCUUUUGAGUUUAGCUUCUGCUGGUUAAUUUAGAGUAGUUCAGAUUCUCAUUUUUAUCCAUAAUAUGAUGCUGUACUUGGAAAUGACCCGUGUUUUUAUUUGGAAUGUUGAGUGUCCACUGGAGCUCUGACCCCAUUCUCCCAUCCCUUCAGUCUCUCCUCCUCCCUUCCCUUCCCUCCCACCUCCUGUAUCUCAUUACCAGAUUCUCUUUUGUCCUUGCAGUCAAUCAUAAUUGGAGCUAAACGAGGGAUGAAAAGAUGAGCUGGACGCUGGAAAGUUGGCACUGAGGGACCCAACACGAGCUCACAAGUUGCAUUGUUGUACCAGUAUUGUCUGAAGCCUGAGUUAAGCCUUCAGAGUCUAAUGUAGUGUUGGUUUUUGUUUUGGUUUGUUUUUGUUUUUUAAAGAUUAUAUAUAUAUUUAUAUAUAUAUAUAUAUAUAUAUACUAAUAAAAUUGAAACACUGAUUUAGACUCUAGGUGAGGUCGAGAUUCUUCAGUGUAAAAACAUCAAAUUCUUAACAAUGUCAGGUUUAUUAUUGCUUGACUGUUAUAUUUGGACAAAUGUGUAUGUUCAGAUGUGUUUUGUUCCCUUGAUUUACCUAAUUGUCUUCUCUGAUUUUACAGUGCAUGAUUCCAUUGAUGGUUGAGCAAUGUAGGGCCUUCAGUGCAUCUUUCUCAUUAGGAAGCUGUUAAUGUGCUGGGGCACAGGAAAUAUCUGAACAUACUACUUGUUCCUUUUCUACUGUCAGGCUUAGCUGUUUUUCAGUUUUGUGUAAUAUUUAUUUGGUUUAAAUGGCUUAUGUAUGAGUGAAUUUUAAUGAUAUUGUCCCAUCAUGAUUAACAUUUACCUUCCUAUCUAAUUGCAUUUGGUUUUAUUUUUGGUUUUUUUUGGUUUUUUUCAUCCUCUGAAACGUGUACUAUCUUCAGUUUUAGUGCCAGUACCUGCCUACUGUGUUUUCCAGCAUGUCCCGCGUACUUCUAAUGAUUCCAGCCCUCCCUGUAACUUGUGGUUUUGCUCUCUUCCUCCAGUCCUCGACUACUUUCUCAUUACUAUAUUGUACCGUUUUACUUGUGUUGAAGCCUUUCUUUUUCAUGGACGCAUCAACGCUUAGGUAACUGGUAGUCUUCUUGCCUUGUAUCCAUCUGUCUCUUCCAAGUUUUCCACUUUCCUCCCCCUUUCCUCCUCUCCCUCCAUGUUGUUAGAGAAUAUGUAGUAGUGAUGAUGGCUGUAUAGGGUGUCUGUGCUUGGCAGUAAGUAUUUCCAGACAACCACCUUGCUCCUCUGCCUUUUCUUACAGCUCAGUCUCUUAAGAUCCUAAUGUGAGCCACAAGGAGCUACAUGAGGAUUUGUGAUCAGCAGAAUUCUGCUAUGUAUAUUAUCUGUACAUAUACCUGCUCUUGAAAUAAAUAGAAAUGACUGGCUAGUGUGAUUGUUGAA